AUGGGCAAAUUUACAUACUCUGAUGGUGUAGCAGUUUGGAAAGUAGUGUUCUAUGUACCGACACUUCUGGCGAGCCUACUGGUGGCCCGCAGACAUGGCUUCACAAAGAGUUCAGGCUGGAUCUACCUUACAAUAUUUUGUAUUGUUCGAAUUGUAGGCUCAGUGGCAGAAUUCGUCUUGAUAUCAGACCCGACUUCAAGCGGCGCAAGCACAACGGCGUUGGUAUGCGCGGUCUUGGGGCUGUCGCCCUUGCUUCUGGCAUCUCUCGGCCUUCUAGCUCGCUGCUAUUAUUCAAUGCUCCAACAACCGUGGAACACCAUAUUCUCCCUGGUUGUUCUCAGGCUCGUCCAAACCCCAGCUUUGGUAGCUCUUAUUCUCUGCGUCGUUGGCGCUACGAGUGCGAACGAUCCCACUGAGAUCUACAACGAGGUUACUAUCAAGAUCGGCGUGAUCUUGUUUGCCGUUGUAUUCGCUAUGCUAUGCUUAAUGUGUGUCAUUGCGUCGAUCGCCGCACGAAGGACCAAGCGUGGGGAAGGCCAGCUGAUCAUGGCUGUGGCUUUCGCCUUGCCCUUCCUAUUAGUUCGGGUGAUCUACGCUCUGGUCGCGGCAUUUGGGCACAAUGUUGACUUUCAAAUUGGAAAUGAGUCAACAGCAGCAGUCACCAUCUCCUUGUUCAUGGAGGUGCUGGAAGAAUGUGUCGUGGUAUUCAUCUAUAUUGUCACGGGGUUGAAACUUCCAGCUGUCCCCAUCCCGAAUGCUAGCAACGGUGAAGGGGUAUCCUAUCGACUUGGGAGAGGAGACUUCGGUGGCGGCAAGUUAGAGCUGCUUUCCCUUGGUGCUGCUGUUAUGGACGGAGUGACGAGGAAAUCCAAGAGCAAUAGACAUGACCAGGCUCGUCAGGAUGAUGUUGAGCGAACCAGGCUUCAUCGAACGCCGAAUUAA